CCCCUCCAGCCUGCAAUGGGGGAGGCCGAGGAGCCCGUGCCCGAAUCAGGUGCUGUAUUCACAUUUGGAAAAUGCAAAUUUGCAGAAAACGUGCCUAGCAAGUUCUGGUUUAAAAAUGACAAGCCUUUGCACAUAGCCUGUGGAGAUGAACAUACUGCUGUGGUAACAGAAAAUGGUAAGCUUUAUAUGUUUGGAAGCAACAACUGGGGACAGCUAGGAUUUGGAACUAAGAAUGCUGUCAACAAGCCAACGUGUGUGAAAGCUUUAAAACCAGAAAAAGUAAAACUAGCUGCUUGUGGAAGAAACCACACUUUGAUUUGUACAGAACAAGGAGAUGUAUAUGCUGCCGGAGGUAACAGUGAAGGGCAGUUGGGAUUAGGUGACACAGAAGAAAGAAGCACAUUUCAUCUAAUUAGUUUUUUUACCAAUCAGCACAAGAUUAAACAGCUGGCAGCUGGAUCCUACACAUCAGCAGUGCUAACUGAGGAUGGACAGCUUUUUUAUGUGGGGAGACAAUCUGAAGGACAAAUUGGCUUGGGUGAUGAAGCUAAGUGCUGUUCCUCACAAGUGGACAUCGGAAAAACUGUUUCCUGGAUAUCUUGUGGAUAUUACCACUCUGCCUUAAUAACACGAGAUGGGGAACUUUACUUUGGAGAGCCUGAGAAUGGGAAGCUAGGUUUGUUAUCGGAGCCACAAAACAGUAGGGUUCCUCAACCUGUUUUUGGAAUUUCUGGUAAAGUCAGUAAGGUUGCUUGUGGAGGAGGACAUACAGUAGCACUUGCAGGGGGAGAUGUCUACACAUUUGGCAUUGGCCAAUAUGGGCAGCUUGGACAUGGUACGUUUGUUUUUGAAACCUCUGAACCAAAGAUGGUGGAUAAUUUAGGAAAGCAUAAAAUUUGUAAUAUUGCAAGUGGGGAAAAUCAUACGGCUUUAACAACAGCGAAUGGCCUUAUGUAUACCUUUGGAGAUGGACGUCAUGGCAAGUUAGGACUUGGAGAAGAAAAUUACACAAAUCAAUUUGUACCUACGUUAUGUUCCAAUUUUUUAAGGUUCACUGUACAUUCGGUAGCCUGUGGUGGAUGUCAUAUGCUGGUAUUUGCCUCACCAAGGUUUCAAGAAUCAGAUAAAACACAUGUGCCAGACAAAAAUGAACACUGCUUAUCUACUGUGUUCACUGAAACAGAUGGAGAUACAUUAAUAAUAGAUACAUUUCAUCAAACGUUAUCAGCACGUGUGCGACGGAGAGAAAAGGAAAAAUCACCAGAGCAAUCUAGACUGGUGCGAACACUCCCCCCACUGGGAGAAAACUUCCUAAAGCCUGAAUCAGAUGGCAUUACCUCUACUGUUUCCCUUGAUACACCCAGAGCAAACCACCCUGACACACAGGCAGCUGAAAGACAAAAAGAUGCUGAAUCUGCAUUGGAGUAUGAAAGAGGUGAUAAGGAAGAAGAGAAGAGUGAUGCAGAGGAAAGUUCAAGGGAGGACGAUUCAGAUGAAAAUGAGGGCAGAAACCUUGGGGACACCACAGAUGUCUUGAAUAUGACCCAUGUGAUGAGACUGAAUCCCAGCGAUCAAUCACUAGAGUUAGCACCAAUUCAAAGACAAAAGGAUCAAACAUCAUCAGAUGAAGAAGAGAGUAGUAGUGGAGGUGAAGAAGUGGACUAUGUUGAAAAAGAAAUAGAAAAGGAUGAGGGAAAUGAACAAGAGGCAGUAGAUCAGAAUGCUAAUCAAGCAGCUCAAAAUGAGGGGAGGAGCAGCGAAUCAAUAAAGAAUGAAAAAGAAAAUCAGGUGGCUACAGAAACUGUAGAGGAUCAGAAAUCAUCAGAUGAGGAUGAGAUUGGUGGUGGUGAUGGUGAUGGUGAUGAAGAACAAAACAGUAAUGAAAAGGAAGUCAGAGACAAAGAACAAAAUACAACAGAACAUAAAGAUAAUCACACACCUGAAGAUGUGGGACAAAGCAACAAAUUGUGUGACAGUAAGAAAAACAAUCACAUGACUACAAAAACUAUACAGAAAAAAGAUGGUAUCUCAGAAGAAGAUGCAAUUAAGCAAGAGAGUGAGAGUGAAGUUCAUGCUACAAACAAUGCUUCUCCAGCAGUUGCAGGCUGUCAUGACAAAACGUCUGGAAGACUACUGGACAAGGCAAAAAGGUUUUCUUUUUUUAAACGAAAGUCUUCAAGACAGAAGAAUGCAUGCAGUUGUGAUGAAAACCAACUUGAAAAACUACCUCAGAGUGAACAGGAAUCAAGAAAUCAAGUGUGUGUAUCUGAUGAAAAGAAUAAAGAUGAAAACCAGAACCAUGCUGUGGGAAAUCAAAGGGAACUGCCACCAGCAAAUAGGGACAGAAAGACAUCCUCUACCUGUGUAGUACUAUAAUGUUGAAAUGGAUGGUACUUACAUAUAUGUGAUGUCAUGGCUGGAAACUUGCAAGCAAGUUAUUUCUAUUUAUACUUGAAAACAAUGGCUUAUAUGUAAUGAUUACAGUGAUGGAUUUGUAUUUGUGUAAAAUGUACAUGUUCAGACUGAUUUCGAUGAUUUGGGGCUUGUUUCCUAGUAUUUAUUUGUGUUCAUAAUUAUAAUUAUUGCAACAAAUAUGGGUAUCACAGUCUUUCAGAAGUGUUGUGGCCUUAACUUUUAAGUGUUGUAAUAAAAAUAUAUUUUUGUACUUCAAAAGUUUGAUUAAGGCAUUUUAUGAUUUCUUUUUCCUAAACCAGUCUUUGGCUGUAAAUGCACAUUGUAAAUACUCUUUUGGUUCAGGGGAAAAAAGCCAGCAGAAUUACUAUUUUAAAGUGUUUCUUUUCUGAUUUGUUUGACUUUCAAAGUAAGCAAUAAACUUCAAAUGCAUUUAAUGGU